AUGGUUGGUAUUCCACUAUUUACUAUUGAUGAUGGCAUUCCAGCUUGCGGUUUGGAAAGCCGAGCUAAUGCUGAUGCACAACAACAACCUGCAGAAAAUCGAAGCCUGAUUAGUGUUGAUGACAUUUUGGGUUCAGUUUUUGAGACAACACAUCAUGUAGGAAGAAUUUCUGUUUCAGCACCUUCUAACAUGCCAUACAAAGAAAUGGCUCUCCAUUGUGAGGCCCUCCUCGCGGGAAAGCAACAAAAUAUUUCCACUUUCAUGGGUGCCAAUUCAUUACAUGGCUAUUCAUUCAGGAUUUUUGCUCCUACUAAUUACAACCAUGAAAAGGACAAACCCACAAAUUCCAAUGUUCAACAGAGUUUACCUUUGGUGAAUGGAAAUUCAUUCUUGGAUUCACCCAACACAUUGCCAGAGACUGUUCCAAGCCUUCGUGCCACAUCAUAUCAGCAAGAGGAUGCCUUCUUUCAACUGCCAGCAUCCCGCCCAUAUGUCAACUUCUUGAAGGCUGCUGGUUGCUGA